AUGCCAAGCGGCCGGCGCCCCUCGCUGCAGUGGCCCGCAGCAUCUGUGUUGUGGCUCCUCGUCCUGGCGGUGUCGCCAGCGGCCGCGGUCCCCCGCGCCACUGUGCGCGCCUCCAGCGCGGCCUUCUCGGCGGCUGUGCGGGCCGUGGAUGCCGAGGGCCGCCUGACGGUCACGGAGCUGUCGCUGGAGGGCGAAGGCGAGGGGUCAGCCCAGCUGGAGCUCACCCGCUUUGAGGUGUGGUCGCCGGACGCGACAGUGGUGCUGCAGGGCCCCGGCGGCGCGCCGCCGCACGUGCAGGGCCCUCCCAACACCGCCUACUUCCGGGGCCACCUGGCGGGCAGCCCCGCCUCGUCUGUGAUGCUGGCGGCGCGGCCGGGGGAGAUGGUCAAGCCCCCGUUUGAGUGCGGCAACGAUGAUCACGGCAUGCACGCCCAUACCGACCAUGCCGAGCACACCCAUGCCGACGGCGAUGACCCGCCGCUUGCCACCCGCAAGCUGCUACAAUCGGUCAACGACCAAGCGCUCACCACCACCAUAGCGCUGGAGACCGACGCCGAGUUCCUGUCGCUGUUUGGCGGCAGCACCGCCGUGGCCACCGACUACGCGGGGGACCUUAUCGGAUAUGCUGACGUGGUUAACUCCCGGGAGAUCAACACAGACAUGCUGAUUGGCUACCUGCGGCUGUGGACGGGGGCUGCUUCCAAGGACCCCUGGCCCUCCACCUCCAGCACCCUCACCGCCCUCCAGAACUUCCAGGCCCACUGGAACGCCAACAUGCAGGGCGUGGAGCGCAGCGUGGCGCACAUGCUCAGCGGCAUGUACACGGGAGGCGGCAUCGCCUACAUCGGCACGCUGUGCGACUGGCACGGCAACAGGGCGGGCAGCAACUCGUACGGCUACUCUGGGGGGCUGACCGGCGGGUUCAACUGGAAUGAAGUGCAGACCAGCAACCCCGCCAGCGUGGUGUGGGACAUCUCUGUGGUGAUCCACGAGCUGGGCCACUCCUACAACUCGCCGCACUCACACGAUUACUGCAACGUGGGGGGCAUCGCGGAGCCUGUGGACAACUGCGCCUCCACCUGCAACACCGCCUCGGGGGUGCUGCCGCCCUGCUCCGGCCCCACCCCGCACUUCAACGGCGGCCCUGGCACCAUCAUGAGCUACUGCCACCAGCUGGGCAGCUACAACAACCAAGCGCUGACGUUUGGCGUGAACCACGCGUGCGGGGUGGCGCCCAGCCGCAUCGCGGAGCGCAUGCGGGCGCACGUCGAGCAGCGCGCGGCCGCCUACCCGCCGUGCUUUGUGGGCAGGUGGCCGUCGCCGCCGCCGCCGCCGCCGCCGCCGGCCGUGUGCCGGCCCAGGGGCCAGCCCUGCUCCGCUGCCAGCGAGUGCUGCUCCCGGCGGUGCUCCAAGAGCAAGUGCGGCUGA